AUGGUAACCUGCUUUUCUGGACACACGAACUCCAGCACUGAGUUUAACGCGUUUGGCGGUGCCACGGUGCUUCUGGCCGCCCUGAUGAUGACCCUGGUGGUGGUGGUGGUCGUGGGAAACGCUCUGGUCAUCCUUGCUUUCGUUGUGGACAAAAGCCUCAGGAACCAAAGCAAUUAUUUCUUCCUUAAUUUGGCCAUAUCUGAUUUUCUGGUCGGGGCAUUCUGCAUCCCUGUCUACAUGCCCUAUAUUCUGACAGGCCGAUGGAUGCUGGGACGUGGGCUCUGCAAGCUGUGGCUGGUGAUGGACUAUCUGCUCUGCACUGCCUCUGUCUUUAACAUUGUCCUUAUCAGCUAUGACCGCUUUCUCUCCGUCACCAGAGCGGUGAGGUACCGGGCACAGCAGGGAAUGACUCGGCACGCUGUGGGAAAGAUGCUGGCCGUGUGGCUGUUGGCAUUUCUUCUUUACGGUCCAGCCAUUAUUUUCUGGGAACUGGUGGCCGGCGAGAGCAUCGUCCCGGCCGAUGAGUGCUACGCCGAGUUUUACUGCACGUGGUACUUUCUACUCAGUGCAUCUACUUUUGAAUUCUUCUCACCGUUCAUCUCUGUGACCUUCUUCAACCUCAGCAUCUACCUCAACAUCCAGCGCAGAAACAGGAGCCGGCAAGCCCACCGAGAUAUCGAGCGAGAGGACGGCUGGAGGGUGGUAGAUGUCUCUGCGUCACCUUCGUCCUCCGUGUUUUUUGUCAGAACUAGAAAGGUCUCCUCCAGCGAACCAGCCACCGUUUCAGCUGUGAUGGAGGAAGACGAGGUCUCCCCAUCCUCCAUUGGAGAGCCCAGCUGCAGCAACUCUGUGUCUCUGUCCUUGAAGACGGUCAAUAAAAAGAAAGAAGGUUUGAGCUGCUGGUUAAGGACUCGCAUGAUUCAAGCACAGGUGCAGUCAAGAAACGCGGAGCAUUCGCGUCUCUCGCGGGACAAGAAGAUCGCCAAGUCUCUGGCUAUAAUUGUGUGUGUUUUUGGAGUUUGCUGGGCCCCCUACACCCUGCUCAUGAUCAUUCGGGCUGUCUGCAGCGGCACGUGUAUAGAACACCACUGGUAUGAAGUCACGUUCUGGCUUCUAUGGCUUAACUCUGCUAUUAACCCUUUCCUGUACCCACUGUGUCACAGCAGCUUCCGCCGGGCCUUCGCUAAGAUCCUUUGCCCUAAACGGCAAUCUGUGGGGCCGCACGAGGAGAACCCGUCUUGCCAAUGACAGUCCGUUCAUUCACAGUCAGUAAUUCUCAAUGGGAAUUACGUGUGAGAGACGAGACCUUAUGACAAAUG